AUGGGACCUCGAAACGACCUGUGGGACGUGACGCGGCGCUACACACGCUGGAGCGUCGUGUGCCAGGCUCGCGGGUCCUUGACGAAGCCCUGGGAGCAAAUGCUGCAAACCUUGCGGCUUCGCGAGGUCGAGAGCGAGCGUGGCUGGGAAGGCUUGAGGGAGGCCAACUCCUUGGACCAAGAGCGGCUCAAGGAAUUGGCCUCCAAGGAGCCCCUCCCCGGCAGCCGGGCGGCAUUCCGCCACCACCGGCUCUAUGUGCUCAACUCGCAACUGAAGCAGAGCCAGAUUGUGCAAAGUUCCAAGCCAAUCGGCUUGUUUCAGGGCAAGGACCCCAUCUGGCGCCGGGAGGACGUGAAGGAGCUCCUGACGGCAAGCAAGUGGCGACAGCAAGGGCGCGUCGUUCGCACUGGUGAGCGACCCACAAAGGUCCUCCGCUCCAAUUCCCUCUUCGCCUCGCAGCUGUUUGGACUCUGGCAGACGGAGGAGCUCGUAGUGGACCCCGAGAAGGAGCGUGCGGCGGAGCUCCCGCCGGGCUUUGGCCCCAUCCCCACCACCAACAACUAUGGCAACAUCGAGGUGAAGCAUGGCCUGCCAAAAGGGACGGUGCACCUCACGGACGACGCCGUGCGAGCUGCCGCCUUGAAGCUGGGCGUGGAAUUCGCGCCCGCAGUGACUGGAUUUCAGAGUGAGCGAGGUAUGCUGAAGCCGACGAUCUCUGGGUGCGUGGUGUGGGAGCGGGACGCCGAGGACGUGCUGCAGGCUGCCGAGGAGGAGCGACAUCGGCUGGAACAAGUGAAAGAGGCCCAGAAGCGCGAGCGCUUCAAGGGCGCCUGGCAGCUGCUGGUCAAGCACGUGCUCCUGGACCUCUACGUGGAGAAGCGCUACGGAAGCCGGAAUGGCGCUUGA